AGAGAGAGAGAGAAAGAGAGGGGAAGGUAUUUAUAGAAAAAUGGGGCUUCGCGGUACCUUUCCUUGCGAUGAACCAUUUCAGGACCAAGCUACUGUGUCCCAGUUUCGUGCUCGCUGCUCAGCUGGAGGGUUUGGACCGAGGCUGAGGGGUUUGGACCGCCUCGCCCAGGAUGGAGAGCCUGACUCUCAGAAGCUCUCGGCUCUUCGGCUUCCCACAGCUGCUUUUCUGAUCCAGAGCAGAGGGAAGACCUGGCCUUCAAAACCCCCCACCAAUGUGACCUUCUGGGGGCCAGCAUCUGUGUAGGUAGCGGCUUAAGGGAGGAGGCGAGUCAGGUCAGGCGGAGGAGCAGCAAGAGGGUGUCCGAGGGACACCCUUUGGCUGCGUCGACCCCCUGGCCGGGGGUGAGGAAAGGCUGGCCGGAACGUGCCCCGCCGCAAGCCGGGCCAGGAUGAGGCGCUUCCUGAGCAGAAAGGGCCGCUUCUCCCUUCGCCAGAGCAAGUCUGGGACCCGGAGCGCUGCCAAAGAUUUCUACCUUGGUCUUCCUUCCACCAACCAGAACUGGCCAGAGGCGUUUGGCUUCAGGCUUGGAGGCACUGGGCCCAGCUACAUCCUGUCGGUCGUGGAAGGCAGCAGUGCCUACCUUGCCGGCUUGCAGCCAGGUGACCAGGUGGUGGACAUCGAGGGCCAGGACGUGACCAACCUCAGCACACCGGCGCUGAUCGCUCUGGCCCAGACCCUCAAGACCGUCCCACCCAGCAUCGGCGUUGUUUCGAGGAUCGAGCAGAUUGACAUCACCCCAGGCCCGGACGGCCGUUUCGGCUUCACCAUCGUUGGGGACAGCCCUCUGAUGGUCGAGGAAUCCAUGCCUGGCGGUCCGGCCGCACGCAGUGGCCUCAAAGUCAACGACUACGUCAUGGAGGUCAACGGCAUCCCGGUGAAGCACCACGAAACGGCGGCGGCCAUGAUCAAGGCGGCGCAGGGCCGACCCCUCCGGCUGGGAGUGCUCAGCAUGGCCCGCCGCCCCAAGCGGCUGAGCAGCAGCAUGAGGGUGCUGUCGCAGAGCGGAGACAGCAUCAGGGAGAAUCGUGCUCACAAGGCCAUGGAGUUCAACAAAAAGGUGGAGGAGGUUCUUGGCGAGGAGCCUGAUGUGAAGGAGCAGCUGUUUGAGGUGCUCAAGCUGUACGCUUCCGACAGGGAUGUGGAGAGUCUGGCUGAAGCCUUGCCUGACAUCUUGAUUACAGAAGACCAUCAGCAGCUGAUCGACAGUGUCAGGAUCUUCAUUCCCAAAAAGCACCGGGAGCGUUUCGACGAGGUGGUCUCGCAGAGUCUGAUGAGCAGGCUGAAGGGCCGCAGCUUCAGUGACCCCAGCCGCAGCCACCUCCGCCGCAGCCGGAGCGAGGACCACCCCGAGCGUCUCCUUGUCUCCACUCGUGCCAGCUCGGUGCCACGCACCCACGCAGAGGAAGGCGUGGUGCCCCCCGCCAGAGGCAUGCGCAAGACCACCUCCCUCAUAGCUGGCCACUCGGGCGGCACCAUCACCAACUGCAGGACAGUGAGAGUUUGUAAGGGCAACCAGAGCUUUGGCUUCACUCUGAGAGGCCACGCUCCAGUGUGGAUUGACUCAGUCAUCGCCGGGAGUCCUGCAGACAAGGCAGGUUUAAAACCUGGAGAUCGGAUCCUGUUUCUGAAUGGGCUGGACAUGAGGACGUCUUCUCAUGAGAAAGUGGUGUCCAUGCUCCAAGGAAGCGGAGCCAUGCCCACCCUGGUCGUUGAGGAAGGCCCGCCUACUUUUCCUCAGGCUGAGCAGGACCUCGCCGGGGGCGGCGCUCCCGUCGAGCGUGCACGCUCCCCGAUGCUCGUCUCCCUGCAGUGGGUGGCUGACAUCCUGCCUCCCAGCAUCAGGGUUCAGGGUCGCACCUUUGGACAACAGCUGGAACAUCUGCUUACCAUCCAGGAGAGGUAUACCAUCUGCAAGGCUUUGGAGAACUUCUUCCAACACAGGAACGUCGACACGCUGAUCGUGGACGUGUUCCCGGUGCUCGAUACUCCCGCCAAACAGGUGAUCUGGCAGUUUGUUUACCAGCUGCUGACCUACGAGGAACAGGAACACUGCCAGAACAAAAUUUCCAGAUUUCUUGGAUACAAAGCACCAGUUCCACCACCUCCUCCUCCUCCCCCUCCUCCUCCGGAGCCCGAGUCUGCUGCCCCUGAGCCCCACCGCCGUAGCAGCUCCAUGAGGGUGACAGGGACCACAUACAGGAGUAGUGUUAGGGGACGUAGCUCUGAUGACCUGGUCAUUGGCACACACUUGGGCAUGGGCGUCCGUGCAGAGCCAGGACAGGAGGCUGGCAUGAGGUUGGCCCCAGGAGAAAGACAGUCAGGAGAUGGGACCUCUCUUCCUGAGACUCCCAACAACCUCACCAAUCUGUCAGCUGUGUACGCUGAGCUGGAAAACAUGUACUCAGCCAAGAGGUCCAAGUCUUUGAAGAGCCGUCCUGUUCCUGCUCCUGAGAGUUUACUGGAUCUGGAACCUUUAUCUCGCACAGGGUCGCCAACAGCGAAUGCCAACACAGGGGCUCGCAAAGGCUCCUCCCCCCAUUCCCCAUGGCCAGAUCCUCUACCCAGUCCACCCUCAGCCCAGUUCUACCCACCGGGCUUGACAAGUCAGACCAGUGGUGAGUCUAACCCCUACAUAAGCCUGGACAGCCCCCCUCCCUCACCUCUUGAAACUGACUUUCCAUCCAGCCCGCCUGUUCACCGUAGCAACAAACGGCGGUACACCUUCUCCAAACCUCCCCGUUCAGAAGACACGGACCGUUUUCUGGAUGCUCUGAGUGAGCAGCUUGGACAGAGGGUGGCAAUUGUCGAUGAUUUCCUGAACCCUGACAAUGACUACGAAGAGGAUGUUGUGCAGAUGGGCUUCCCAGAUGAGGAUGAUGAAGACCAUGAAGACGAGCUUGGCGUGGAUGAGGAAGAAAACGGAGGGUUUGUAGCUCCAGAGCUAAGCAGCCCGAGCGAUGUCCAAAGCAGCAGCGGUGAAGAGAAUGCCUCCUCCCUGACAUACUCCUCUUCUUCUGAUCAUAUUCCUCCUCCCCCUAUGACACCGCCUCCACCUCCUCCGGUUCAGUUCAAUGACCCACCACCUCCUCCUCCUCCGGCACCUCCACAGAGUCAGCCUCAGCACCAGCCACAGCAGGACUCUAUUAACUACACUCCUGAGCACAUGCCAAGGGCAUAUGUGCCAAUCCGUCGGAAAUCUGGCCCUCCUCCGCCACCACCUCCACGCAGUAAUCUGCCACCAAAACGUCACUCCUUGCAUAAAGUCCUCCCUACAAGAGAAGACCUACAAGUCCAAGCCACUUUACAGGAGCUAAAAGCAUACCAGGAGAGACAACAAGCUUACGAAGAGAGGCAGGCGUACGAGGAGCAAAAAGCUUUUGAGGAGCAACAACUUUAUCAGGAACAACAGGCCUUUAAGGAGAAAAUUUUCAAAGAGAGACAAGCCUAUGAAGAGCAGAAGGCUUAUGAGGAGCAAAAAGCUUUUGAGGAGCAGCAAAUGUAUGAAGAACAGCAAGCCUAUGAACAGCGGCAAGCUUACCAAGAACAAAAAGCACACGACCAGCAUCAAGCCUACAAAGAACAGAAGGCACUUCAAGAGCUUCAAGCCUACCAGGAGCAAAAAGCCUACGAGGAGCGGCGGGUUUACGAGGAGCGGCAAGCGUAUCAGGAGAUGCAGCAGAUCUACCAGAGCCACCAGUCCAUGCCUGCUCAGCCAACACAACAGAAGGCCCAUUCACCUCUUCCUCUCCAACAGCCACACCAGUCCUUGCCUCCUCUCCCCUCCCAAGAGACUCCCCAUCAACUUGCCAAUCACCCCCUUUAUAUGUUGCGACAAGUACAGCAGCAGCAGCAGCAGCAGCAGCAGCAGCAGCAGCAGCAGCAACUAGCCCACCAGAGUCACCAUCACAGACGCUUGUCUCGUUCAGCACCUCCACCACAUCAGCCAUCCGCCCACCAGCCAGUUCGUCCCGGCCAGCAAGGUCAGUUUGCAGAGGGGAUCUACCAAAGUCACCAAGGCAUAAGACCCCAACCCCACCAUUCGUCGACAGAAAUACUCCACCAAGGACAUCAUUCCUCCACUGAAAUGCUCCAUCAGUUGCACCAAUCCCAGGCCCACCACUCAUCAAAUGAGAUGCUCCAGCAAAUGCAGCAGGUCCACGCUCACUACUCGUCUUCAGAAAUGCUUCACCAAAUGCACAAAGGCAAGGCCCAUCACUCCUCGACGGAGCUUUUACACCAAAUGCAGCAGAUGCAGCCUCACCACUCCUCAACCGAACUUCUCCAUCAAGCUCACCAGAUGCACAGAGGCCAAGCUCACCAUUCGUCAAGUGAGCUGCUCCAUCAGAUCUAUCAACCCAAGCCCCAUCAUUCAUCUACAGAGCUUCUCCAUCAAGCCAGUCAGAUGCAUCAACCCAAGGCCCAUCACUCCUCCACAGAACUUCUGAACGAAGUUCAGCAAGAACCCGCCUCCCUCCCACUCCAGUUUACGCGCGAGAGCCAGUCCCAUCAGAGUCGCAGGAGUGUUAAAAGUCAUCAUCAGACAGAUGUGUCUUUGCAGGGAAGACACAAAGACCAGCAGAUCCAACAAAUGCACCAACCCCAGCCCACUAAACCUUCGCCCCAAAGACCCCAUUCCAUCCAGCAGACUCACCACCAUUCCAGUACUCCUCAGAUACACCACAUCCACCACAUGACCCCACAGCCCCCUCCUCCCCAGACCUACCAACACCAGAUUCAAGUGAUCCAUCCUCCUCAGCAACCCCACAGGCCCCAGCCACUUCUCUCCACCUUUCAACCCCUCCAGCCUCACCAGCCCAACCUUUCCAGCUUCCAGCCUCUGCCACAGCUCCACCAGCCACAGCAUCAGGCCCAGUCCGCCAACCAAAUCGGUCGUCCGCAGUCGCAGCCCUCGCAUCACCUCCUGCAGCAUCAAGCCCAAACUCACCUCAACCAAUCUCCCAACCAGAGUCAGCCCCAGUCCCUCCCUCACUCCUUGUCUGAUCCCACAGAGCAUUUAGGACCACCUCCCCCUCCACCCCUUCCACCCCCAUGCUCCCCUCCACCACUGCCAAGACCCAGUUUGUCCCGGAUGGACUCACACCACAUGAGUGUAAAGAGGCUGCGCUGGGAGCAGGUGGAGAAUUCAGAGGGGACCAUAUGGGGACAGAGGGCGCCCUUCUCCAGUCUCCACAUGACUAAUGCUGACCAACCCUUAAAGCAGUUGGGAGAAACUUCUGAUUAUGAAAAACUGCAUGACAUGGUGAAAUAUUUAGAUCUGGAGCUGCACUUUGGGACGCAGAAGAACUCACUGCCUGCUCCAGAGCCUCUUCUGCACCUCGAAACCUUCAAGAAGAAAGAUGUCAUAGAGAUUCUGUCCCAUAAGAAAGCUUACAAUGCCUCCAUCCUGAUAGCCCACCUGAAGCUUUCUCCUGGGGAGCUGCGUCAGGUUCUGAUGAACAUGGCUGCAGACAGACUGGAGGCAGCUCACAUCAAACAGCUGCUGCUGUACGCUCCCGAUGCUGACGAGGUGAAAAAAUACGAAGAAUACAGAGAGGAUCCCAGCAAACUCAGCGAUCCAGAUCAGUUCAUGUUGCAGAUGUUGUCCGUACCGGAGUAUAACACCCGUCUGCAGAGCCUCCUCUUCAAGUGUUCCCUUCAGGAGAAGACAGAGGAGCUGAGGGGAGCCUUUGACUGUAUCAUCAAGGCCUCUAUGGAGCUGAAGACCAGCAAGAAGCUGGCCAAGAUACUCGAGUUUGUGCUGGCGAUGGGAAACUAUUUAAAUAACAGCCAACCAAAAACCAACAAGACCACAGGCUUCAAGAUCAACUUUCUGACAGAGCUGAGCACUACUAAAACUGUCGAUGGGAAGUCGACGUUUCUGCACAUCCUGGUCAAGUCGUUGUGUCAGCACUUUCCGGAAGUGUUGGAUUUUUCCAAGGAUCUCACCAUGGUCUCCCUUGCUGCAAAAGUGAACCAGAGGACUGUCACGUCGGAUGUGAACGACAUCCACACGACCAUGCAGGAAAUCCGCUCAGCUUGUCAGAAGAUGCCUGCGAGUGCAGAGGAUCGCUUCGCCGUCGUCAUGAGUAACUUCCUGGAAAAUAGUCAUCCGGCAAUCCAGUCCCUGGAAUCGCUCCAGCAGAGAGCCAUGGAGGAAUUCAGCAAGACCGCCUCAUAUUUCGGUGAAGAUGGCAAAGCCGCCACUACAGAGGCUUUCUUUGGGAUAUUUGCCGAGUUUAUGAACAAGUUUGAGAGAGCUCUCAGUGACCAGCAAGCGGCGGAAAUGCCAAAGAGCCCCAGAAGUCCUCGGAUGGCCUCCCCGCAGGCCUGGUAACACACGUUGUUCGGAUGGGACCGAACAUCGCCGCAGCUGAAACUUUUUACGCACCGACACAGACCUGAGGUAUCCACGAACGCGUGCACACGAGCUGAAACGAAGAAAGGGAAAGCGGAAUACAGAAAUAUUUUUCACGUUGAGCCCGUAGACGUGGGUGCCGUUCAUGUUCCAUCCUGCAGAGGACACGAAAAGGGUCGCGGUCAAGAGCCUCGUCCAGUUUCCAACAUGUCUUUACUGUCCAAUACGCCAUAGUUUAAGCUUUAUUUCUCUGAGAACCCUCGUGUUGUGGUAUGACAACAAUAAAAUAAUACAUUUGUAGCAUAUGUUUAAUUAAGAUAUAUUAAUAUAUUACAUCUUGAAGUGGAUAUGAGCUUUAAACAAAACCUGUUCACUGCAGUCCGUGAUUCUGCAGAAAAUGCAUAAGUUGUCGAAAUAGCUGACUUGUUCUUUACUUUUGUCGGAUUGCCCACCGCUCUGAAUGUAAUAUAGGCUCUUUAAGCGUUUUCUUAAGAAAAUUCUCCUCAGAUUGAAGGUUGUUUCACUUGCUCUGCUGUACCUUAUCCUCGCUAUCUGCAGGCUUUCCUAAUGUAUGCUUUUGGAUAAUAAUUUCAUAUAUCAGACAGUGUCAGUGUGGGCUGCAGCUAUCUGUUUUUGUUUUUCUUUUUUAUAGAAGUUAAUAUAAUUGUAAUCUGCACACAGCGAGAAGAUUGCAGACGUUGGAUCAUGUGAGCCUCAAACCGGGCGCGGUGCAGUUUGUGAAUAUUUAGCUGUGCUCCACUCUUAGAUAUUGCACUCAUUAAAGUGUAGCAGAUGUAUUACAUGGUAAUUGUACAGAAUGAAACACAGUAAAGGAUGUAUAUGCUACAACUUGGAGAGCGCUGUUGUUGUUUUUUUUUCAUUAUUCCUACAUUUCUUUAAUUCUGUUGUAUUUAACUGGAUUUUAAUGUGUUUCCGGGCCGAGCGUAGCAAUAAUCCAAUGAGAGGACAGUGAUGUUCUUUAGUUUAUAGCGAAACAGAUUUACCUUAAUAGCAAACAUAACGGCAGUGCCUUGCAAAAGUGUUCAUGCCCCCAGAGCUUUUCCACAUGUUUUCAGCAUACAAUGACUAACCUUAAUGUGUGUUAUUGGGAUUUUAUGUGACAAACCAACACAAGGUAGUGCAUUACGGUGAAGAAUAAAGAAAAGAAUAGACAAAAACAAAAAAGAUUUGAAAAGUAAUCUGCACUUUUGUUGCCCUGAGCCACUUCACUUUGGCAUAUUCUUCUUUGCAUAAAAAAACUCAAGCCCAGUCAGAUUGGCUGGAGACCACUUGCAACAUUAAGUGGAUAGUUUUGCCACAUAUUCUCAAUCAGAUUUGGGUCUGGGGUCUGACAGGAGGAUCUGAACACUGGAUAUUUUCUAAAGUGGGGAGACAGUGGCACAGAAGCUAAGGAGUUCAUUCUGUAACCGAUGGGUUGCCAGUUUGAAACCCCGUUCCUACAACACAGUUUACCACUGUGAACGUGUGAGUGAAGGACUGAAUGCAGUCUGCUCUGGGCUUCUCUGAACUUGACAAAGUGCCAUACAAGUACAGGACAUUUUACAUCUAAAGCAAUGCAAUGUAGCUAUGGCUCGGAGGCAAAUCGGUGCAGCAGACUGGUUUCCCUCCAGGAUUGCCCUGUAUUGAGCUCCAUCCAUUUUUCCGGCAUCUCAGACCAGCUUCCCUCUUCCUUUAAAAAGAAAAA